AGUUAUCCUUGCGUGACCAAAUAAACCUCGAGUGGAAAGAUGCUAGCCUUUAGCAGGGUCCAAAAUGUUCCCCUUUUUCUACGAUGCUUAUGGUUGGCUGUUUGUUUUACCCCUAACAGAGGUUCUGAAGGUUAUGUACGUACAGUGGCGGGAGGUGGUUUUCCUCACAAAGGCGCCAAAACAGACUGUCAAGACCGCGUCACUGCUGUCGAUGGGUUUGGCACUAAUGCCAGGUUUAACUACCCCUGGGGUAUAACCUACCAUAGCGAGGACAAUACUAUAUACGUGGGGGACUGCAGCUGUCCAGGCAUACUAUCCACCAAUGCAAACGAAAGAAUACGAAAAAUUAAAGUUGAUACAGGUGAAGUUACGUCCCUUGCAGGAAGUUUGAAAGGUUACCGUGACGGGCGAAGAGAGAGAGCGCAGUUUAGACAUAUUUCAGGAAUGGUAAUAGAUUCCAGUACUAAUACCAUGUAUGCUGUAGACUCGGGUAACGACAGAAUUCGACAAGUGAACCUAAAGACAGGAGAUGUUACGACCUACGCUGGUGACGGACAGUCUGGGUUUGUCGAUGGCCCUGCAACUAAAGCAAGAUUUCAGAAUCCACAAGCUGUGACUAUUGACAAACGGAACAAAAUAAUUUAUCUCAGUGAUACGGACAACCAUGCAAUAAGAGUGAUUUCUCUAAAGGAUGGUAUGGUGAAGACGCUGGCUGGUGGUAACCAAGGACAUGAAGAUGGUCACAGCAAACGAGCCAAGUUCUACCAUCCAACUGGCAUUGCUUAUAACGAAAAGAGUCAUGUUCUUUAUGUUGCUGAUCAUUAUAAUCACGUGAUUAGGAUCGUUGACAUCAGGAACAGUAAAGUAUCUACACUAGCAGGUGGACGAAGAGAAGGGUUUCUGGAUGGAACAGGAGAAUUAGCACGUUUCAACUAUCCCGAGGGACUCGCGUAUGAUCCUGAAUACGAGAUACUCUACGUGGUGGAAUUUGAUAAUAACGCCGUACGAAUGAUCACCUUGGAUGGUAAAGUCACAACAAUAGCUGGUGGAUAUUCAGAGGGGUAUGAUGAUGGAUAUGGAACCAAGGCACACUUUUUUCAUCCAACUGGCCUUGCAUUUGACUCUGAAAGAAAAAUCAUCUACGUCACAGAUCAGUAUAACCACAUGGUACGAAGUAUUACAGCUGUUGGGUACAAAGGAAAGCUCCCUGUGUUAGCGCAUGUGUACGCAGUGGGCUCAAGUUAUUUCAAUGCACUUUUCUUCCUGUCAUGUGUUUGUCUACUCGUUGUUCUGGUCUUGACUCGACRACGCUGGAGAACCUGGUUCGUAAGCAGAACCCGAACACACUAACCAUCCAAUCAUCGCUCUUGCCUGCGACUUCUCGCAACGAGACAACUUCUCUCGUUAAUUACGAUAAAGACAGAUAAGUAAGACAGAUUUUAAAAGUGUAUUUAAAAUGAAAAUUAACGCAAAAAUCCAUUAUCAAGGUUUAAUGAUCAAAGUUUCGUCUCACCAUUUAAAUGUAAACAUGGGUAUUGUCAGAUAAGUCAUUGAUAUUUGGAUAACCUCAUUUUCACCGGUACUUUUCUAAAGCCCCGUUUACACUGGCGAUUUUUGCGGCGAUUUUUACUGCGAUUUUUGUGGCAAUUUUCGGAAAUAUGAAAUCUUUUGUCUCAUCCUUCAAAAGAGACAUUCGUCUAGGAAAAUCUUGGUAUCCUGAAAAAAACUUUACAAGUAAAUUCUUUACCAUUAUUUAUUGUAGACAAAAUAAAGCAAGCUUAGCAUGGAAA